UAUGAAACUGUACGGUUAUUUGUUGAAGCAAGAAAUUUUUCAAAUCAUUUACGUCCAGGAUGUCUUUUCGCAGUAUGAAGAAUUUUUGGCAGCCGUUACGAGGGCGUUCGAUCCGAAGGUACUGUUCCUUACCGUCAUACCGGUCGUAGCCGGUCUCAGUACGCGAUUGUACUCGAAAUUGUUGCUCAGUGUACUGCUGACGGAGUAUGCCAACACAAUCGUCAAGUGGAUACUCGCCGAGGAUCGCCCAUUCUGGUGGUUAAACGAAACGAAGGAGUUCUCCUCACUGAACCGUCCAAAAAUUUAUCAAAAUGAGCUAACCUGUGAGCCAAGCCCGGGUAAUCCGUCCGGUCAUCUAAUGACCUCCACGACCUAUCUGUUUGUGAUAUUCUCGGUGCUAGAGGAAUAUUUAGCGAAAUAUGGAAGAACCGCCAGAGUAUCACUGCGCAUCGUGUACUACAGCACACUGUUCUUCAUAUCGAUCUCACGGAUGUACUUUGGAUGUCACUUUUUGCAUCAGUGCAUCUUCGGAAUACUGCUCGGGAUCGUGAUGAGCAAAGUGUGCCUCUCGCAUCGUCUGGAAAAGUACAUUGCGAAGCAAACGGGCAUGCGAAGGGUUGGAUUCGUCGUGCUCAUAUGCUUGGCAAUGCUGGCACUGUACUGGAUCCAGAAGUUGCUAGGCAUUGAUCCACAGUGGGCAGUAAAGAUGGCCUUCAAAUGGUGUGAGGAUCCAUUCUACCUGAAGCCAACAACCACGCUAGUGUUUAGCGCUAUUCGCCUUACCGGGUCCCUGCUGGCAUUGGCCAUAGUAGGACCUAUUCAAAGAGCUAAACCGCUCAACAUGAAGCUCAGCAUUCCGAUGGUGGCGGCAAUGAUGGCGUUCGAAUGGAUCGCUCUGGACUACACGCCACGUAACUACGGUGUGGUUGUUUACUUUUUAUACAGCUUCCUACUCUACUUCCUAUUUACGUACGCCUAUCUGCGCUGGGUACCUGCUUUAGCAGGGCUAGAGAAGUCUAAAUCUAACUAA